CCUUUCCUCCCGCUCUUUCUCUUAUGAAAAUUCCAAAAGGAGAGGAUGAAAAAAAACUAUUAAUUGCAAAGACGAGAUAGGAAGUUUAACGGUCGGACUUGUGGAAAAAUUAUGCAUAUACGCAAACUUUCGUUCUCCCUUUCAUGAAUCGUUUUCACAAGUGACGCGACAUUUCUAUAAUUAAUCAUAAAACGAAUGUCCCUGUUAUUCGUUUCCGGUGGAUGUUGCGAUAUGGUUGCUACCAUUGGAGGAGAAGCAGAUAGUGGGGAACAAAUAGAAAUCGCCAAUAAGGUUUAGCUUGAAGUAUAGCGUAAUAUUGGACACAAAACUGUUCUCUUUCUUUCGAUCAUAAAACUUCAAACCUUGCUGAAACGUUUUUUGCCGCUCAAAUUAAUCUCAGAGGAAGUUUUAUCGCGUAUCUCUAGUUAAUCAAUUACUUUGAUUGUUCUCCUAUCAUAACGAUGGCGACGGUUGAGUGCUACCAAAAUCAAGCUCAGGCUGCUGCUGAGAAUGAUCAACAACCACAAAGUCAACAGCAGAGUCAACAGCAAAAUCAACAGCCUGCACCACAGCCGACCGCUGGAAUUCCCGGAAGGGAUGACGAGCGUAAGCUCUUCGUCGGUGGCCUAUCGAGAAAUACCACAGACAGAGAAUUGCGUGAUCAUUUUGGGAAAUUUGGAGACAUCGAGAGCAUUACAGUGAAAAUCGAUCCGUAUACCGGCGUCUCUAGAGGAUUUGCAUUUAUGGUUUUCGCCAAUCCUAAAACGAUCGACAAAUUACUUGCCUCGGGAGAACAUUACAUCAAUAAACGUAAGGUUGAUCCAAAAAGAGUCAGCAAGAAACAACAACAUGGAAAAAUUUUUGUUGGCGGUCUGACACCUGAAAUUACAGACGACGAUAUUAAAUCAUACUUUAGUCAGUAUGGAACAAUAGUCGAGCUGCAGGCACCGUUUGAUAAAGUAAAAAACCAACGGAAGGGUUUCUGUUUCAUAACAUUUGAUUCUAAGGAAGUUGUGUACAAAUUACUGAAAACUCCAAAACAAACAAUUAAUGGCAAGGAAGUAGAUGUUAAAAAAGUCAAAGUUAAUGUAGAUCCUAGACCACAAGGAUUUUGGGGACCUGGAUACAGUUAUGGAUAUGCUGGUGGCUAUGGUUAUAUUCCGGAAUAUUGCAACGGAUAUCAAGGAGGCUAUGACGAUAUGUAAACCACGAGGCAAUGGACAAGGACCACGUCAAUUUCAGAGACAUCAACCAUACUAAAAGCAUCAACCAUAUUAGAAAUACUAAAUCUUCACAUGUUUAUGAUCAAGUCUAAUACAGGAGUAAAGCAGGGAGGUUUACCGUUAGAGUCUGACUGAAACAAGGGAAUUUAGAUGGAAAAAGGUAUUAUAAAUGCCCGAUAUCGUCUCCCUUAAAUUUCAAUAAUUUCGUACGUCAUGUCUGUACAA